GGAAAACCCUUCAAGAACCAAUGUGUGGGGACUGAUGAACUGAAACAGAAUUCUUAUUCUCUUACAGUGCGAGCUACAAAGAGAAUCGUCCUCGUUGGAAAAACGGGAGUUGGAAAGAGUAGCCUGGCUAACACCAUAUUUGGAGAGGCCAUAUUCCAAAUAAAUCACCUCAAUGGCUUGACAAAUAAUUGCUCUCAAGCUGAAACCAAAUCUGUCAAUGGUAGAAGCAUCAAUCUGAUCGACACUCCUGGUUUCUUCGAUGCUGAAAGGUCUGAGGAAGAAAAUAAGCCUGAGAUGGUGAGGUGUAUCACAGAGUGCGCUCCUGGGCCCCAUGCUUUUCUCAUUGUGCUGAAAAUGGAGAAGUUCACCGAGCAUGAAGGGGCUGUCAUUGCAAAAAUAUGUGAUUUUUUCUCUGAGGACGCUCUCAAAUAUGCUGCAGUUGUCUUCACUCACGGUGACCAGCUCCCUGAAGGAAUGAAAAUCGAAGAGUACGUCGAACAAAGUGGAGGUCUGAGUGAUCUGGUCAAGAAGUGCGGAGGCCGGUGCCACGUCGUUGACAAUAAAUACUGGAAGGCCAACGAAGACGACGAAUACAGAAGUAACCAGUUCCAGGUGGCAGAACUGCUCAACACCAUAGAUGAGAUAGUGAGGGAGAACAACGGAGACUUCUACACCAAUGAAAUGCUACAGGAAGUAGAGAAAGCAAUACAGAAAGAGGAAGCGCGCAUCAAAAAGUCAUCGGGAAGCAUCUCACAGGAAGAGAUCAGGAGGCAGGCAAAAAGCAACGUCUUUACGAUCAUGACAGAAAAAACACCAAAAAGGUGGAUCAGAGGUUUAGUGGGUUUUGCGGUCAUUGCAGGAAUACUUGCUGCUGUCUCGGCUGCGUUCAUCAAUUUUAAAGUUGGGAUGGGGACGACGGAAGCAGUUACAGAAAUAAUAGCAACACCUAUAGCAACAGUCGUAGAAGAGAUGGUAAAUGUUGUUCCAGAUGUGACUCCAGAAGCCAGCGUCAUAGCAGAGGCAGUCGAAGAUGUCAUUCAACCCAUUGUGGAGAUUACACCAAUAUGGGAAGAUUUCAUCGACACAUGGUAUGCUUUGUUUGAAGGAACUCAUGAUCCUUGGUGUUUAUUUUAAUAAACACUGAUGGACUUUAAGAUGACAUUGACAUUGGUAGCUUCUGGAAGACAAUUUUUUGGGGGGGCUUAGUACAGCCAGGAGUUAUUAAAAAAAGCAAUAAAAGACAUCAGAGUUAAGACUACUUUCUAUGUGCUGGUUAUGGUUUACAGUCCCGCUAGCAACUUGAGACACAAGAAUUCAGUCAAAGUGACAAUUGACACAUAGGACAAGAUUGUUAGCUUGGAUUUUUUUGCUUGUAAUAUAAAUUAAGUCUUUGUCAUAUGAAAGCCAAUGGGUUCCAGGAUUAAACUAAACCUGAUGAAAUCUGCAUUUUAUUCUUCCGACUGUUUAUUCAUAAUCAGUUUUCACAGAUGGAAACCCUGUCAACAUCAUUUGGCUUGACAAUUGAAAAAAUACUGAUUCAAAACUGAAGGUGUGGGCUUUCAACAUGGUGGACGUUCAGCGGCUUACAAUGAGAUAACUUGGUUGCAGCAAUAUUAGAGCUUAAGCUACACACUCAAAGUCAGAAUAUGUUAGCCUCAGUUCUUAUCUUUACUUGUUUUUUAUCUCUCUCAUUUUUAUGGAAAUGUUGUACCUAAUCCGUGUUGUAACCUUAAAGGGUGAUUACUUACUUUCUUAU